AUGGCGCAUCUCACUCCCUUCCGCGCGCACGACCUCUUCCGCUUCAACGCCGUCAAUCUGGACCACUGGACCGAGACGUAUUCCCUCGCCUUCUACCUCUCCUACCUCGCCACGUGGCCCGACUUGUCCUACGUGCAGCGCGCGCCCGGCGGCGGCGGCGGCGGCGGCGGCGCGAGAGGCGGCAUGAUGGGCUAUGUGAUAGGCAAGGCAGAAGGCCGGGAAGAGGGGAGGGAGAGACAUGGACACGUCACCGCCAUCACCGUCGCGCCCGAAUAUCGCCGCCUGGGCGUGGCGCAGGGCCUGAUGCGCCUCUUGGAGCGCGCCAGUGCGGCCGUGUAUCAGGUGCGUGUGUCGUUGUGA